AUGACUGACCAGAUGACCCGGCUGGCCCUGAAACUCCUGGGACAGAAGCUGGAGCAAGAACGAGAAGAGGCGGAGGGGGACUGUGAGGACCCCUACCUCACUCCAGGCAAGGAAGAUAGGCCAGACCCCGCCUUGCAGAGCGCUCUGAGGAGGAGGAGGGACCUUCUACAGCAACUCUGGGAACAGCAGCUGCUGGACGAGCUCUCUCGGACCCAUGCUUGGAGCAGCCCAAAAAGAGGAACCUAUGGUUCAGCCCCACCUCCAGAGGUACCCCCAAGGGGUGUCUUCCCCGCCCCAGAGCCUCCGCGGGUCAUCCUGCACUCGGGUCCCCAGCCUCCUGCCACCAUCAUCCAGCAGCUGCCUCAGCAGCCACUCAUCAAUCAGAUACCUCCACCCCAGGUGUUGCCCACUCAAAGGUCUGGAAGUAUUAAGGAAGACAUGGUGGAGGUGAUGCUGCUGCAGAGUGCGCAGAUGCACCAGGUGCUGCUGCAGAGCAUGAUGCUCAGAGCCCUGCCCCUGGCACCGCAGGGGACACAUCCAGCUGCCCUUCGGGCUGAGAGGUCCAAGCUGCCCCCGGUGCACCACCACCACCACCACCACUACUCAUCCUCAGCUCCUGCGCAGGCCAGCCCAAGCCACACCAUGUCCGUCAACUAUCCCACGUGGCACCCCGUGGGUAUGACCCAGCAGACAGAGUACUUCUUUGUCUUUGCCCUCUCCCUGCCAUUGCCUUUCCAGUAA